CACUUACAUAGGUAGGUAGUACUAGUUACUUCAUCCAGCGACAUCUUCAUCCUUGCAGCCGGAAGAUCCGCACAAGAUAGAAGCGGUUCUCUCAAAAGACGCCUCCACAAACACGUACACGACUCGACGAGUACACAGUAAAAUGUCAAUGCACUUUUGUCUACAGAGGCACUGAGAGGUCCCACAACAAUGACAUAUCUACCCCAGGCCUCCUUCUUCUUUGUCGGGUUCCUUGUGUUGCGCUGCUGUUUUUGACUCUCGAUCAAAGACUCGAUUGCCACUCUCGCAAUGGACGGCUCUACAAACAAAGACACCGUCGGACAAACGCCAGCUUUGAGGCUCUCAUUCACUCAAAGGCGAGUAUUACGGCUUGAGUUUGAAGAUGGACUUCCUCAUUCCCUCCAUCAUACUCACUUUGAUCUUGCAAUUGUUUUCGAGCCUACAGAAACCCCUUCCAUCAUUUCCAUUGUGUUUAAGUAAACCCCAAUAUGUGCAAGAUCAUCCGCUACCGCUUCACCCAAUGUCAUACCGUGCCUGAAGGUUGCAUCGGUUGCAUCAAGGGUGACGGACUUACUGACCCCAUAGUUUACGAGCUUUGCGACAUUGCUAAGGGCAAUAUCCAGAGUGAUCUGCCUCAUCUUCCAGGAUAUCCGCCCCGUCACGACAAAUACGACAAUUUCAAAAUCCACCGGUGCGAUCAGGUAUGCGAUGACUGGCGCGAAGUCCGUCAGAUGUGUGCCCAUUGCCAAAGAAAUUUGUUCCUUGGUGGGAAUAAAGCUCCACGGCCGGAUCCCUGGGGAGAAGCUUACAAUGUCUUCUCGCCCGACAAGCCACAGAAUGACUUCACAUGGCAUGUCGAACACUGCCCCUGGCAAAACCCUUUCUUUCGAGAAGUCAACUGGAAUCCAGACCCUAGGCCUGUGCCUCUUGAUGAACCUCCAUUCAGUCCCACAGACACUGCCGGCCUUAUGUAUCAUCACCCACUGGUCGGGAUUGUGAACUCGUACGAGAAUCCGACAAGCUGGGAAUCAGCUGACGGUCGUAUCGUUGACCUACUAGAUACUACCCAUGACAGGGAAUUCAAGACAGCCCUAUGGCCAACUCUUCUGGGUGGAAAAUCACGCCUACUCCGAGAGCUUGAGCGGGAACAGAGGAAGCAGAAAAUGAAGGAGCUCGAGCAAACCCAACAGAUAGAACUCCAGCAACAGCAACAGCAGCAGCCACCAGUAGCGACACAACAACAUCCCCAUAAUGUGGUGGACAGCCACAUCAAUGACCAUAGCAAACAGACCCGCCCGGGCGGACUACAAUGGCGUGGCAGAGACAAAUCUCUCCCCGGAGCAACAGGUAUUCACUCGGAAUCUUCUCAUCCUACAGAUUCCUCAUCGUCCCCCUCAUCAGGCUCACUACCUAGUCUGCCUUCAAUACCAACCCAAACUGCUGGACAGCAGCGAGAUCAAGCUCAAACACUCGCUCAACCGACUCUGUUCUCUGCCGAGAUUGCCGGACAACAAGCUCAAGCACAUACUCACCCGCAAGCCCAGCUCGACCCUUUCUUGGACCAAUUGUGUGAGCUUCUGACCGGCCCGGCUGGAGCUGCUACCGCCCAAGAACAAGUCCAGCCAGCAGCAGGCACUUUUGCUGACCGCCCUAGAUCUCCUUCGUGGGCUCCUUCAACACCAACAAGACCUCGCCUGCCCACGGUGCCUGGCUGGCAGCCUGGUUCUCCAACAAAGAGACAGCGGGAGACUGGUAGCGAGAUUGACGUCGAAAGAUCUCCGAAGAGACGCGGACUCGAUGGUGAGCGUACACGCAGUGCAGGCGAUGCAGAUUCCACACGCACGUCAAGUCCAGAACGUCGAAUCCACUCCCUUCCUAAUCGACCCUUUGCUGCCGUUGCCGCUCGGCCCAGGAUCAUACUGAGGUUACCUAAUCCUAAAACUCUAGCCUCCACCGCAAGACCAGGUCGACCACGUUUGAUUCUACGCAUUCCCAGCGGCCCAUGUCCAACCAUUCAAGAGGUGACCCAGGGACGAUCCCUUGGGAGACGUCCAAUUGAUGUCAACACCAAGCGUGGCCCUGCGAGCACUACCCAGAACAGCACGAGUAGCAACACCUCAACCUCCACCAACCUACAUAGUACUCCGUCUGAAACCAACGAUACGCAGCACUCGAAGAAGAACGCCGGUAGUGGUAGUGGCAGUGACAAUGGCAGGUCCGCGCCUAUCCGCAACUCCUCACCCAGGAGCGGAUCCUUAGGAGACGACGAGUCUACACUGAACCCUGCAUCCACUCCAUCGAGGACCAGCACCUCCAGCGUGUCCGACCCCAGCAGCAUCGACACGCCCUGCCCCAGCCCCAAGCCAAGAUCCGGCGCCAACCUCAAAGGCGCAGGCAAAAUCAAGACCAGAAUCACGCUCAAACUCACCUUGAAGCCAACAGGCGUCACAAAGCCUACCACUGGCAAUCGACCCUGCACACGCACUCGCGCUCAAAACGGACCGCGACGCCGUGCUCCAGCUCCAGCAAGCCAUGCAUACACAGGACCCACGACUCGCGCCCGAGCACGAGCGCAGGAGUCUGAGAGGGGCCCAAUGACAAGGGCAAGAGUCAGAGCAUUGAGACAAGAGAUGGUAAACUAUCGAGUCUGAUUCCACCCCCUGUCCAAGCAUAGAGACGGUGAGAAAGCGCCUCUGAUAUGGUGUUCAAAUGUGAAAGUGUGUGGGCGUCAUGUCUUCACGCACGGAGAAAAUGCGCCGGCGUGAAUCUUAUCAAGAGUUAGGAAGUCGAGCUGGCCUCGGCUUGCACUGCAUGAAUGAAGUGGAGAGAUCAGGCAGGGAGGAUGCUUCCAAUAUUGGGGGUUCGACACGGUUCUGUGAGCUGGUCUCGGCUCGCUUUCUAUCGAGAGAGAAGAACAGUGGAAGGAAGGAACGAAGGCUUGCUGUUUGCUUGCGAGUUUCCAUUCUACUGUUACCAAUAUUUAUCUCUUAGUAGGGACUUCGUUUCUCACGCUUUGCAUGUUGCAUGGUCGACAAUUGUACCAGCUACUUACUUUUGCCAGUUCUCCGGAAAUACUGCACAUCGAUAAUCAGGUAAGCAGAUGGCGUAUGAAUGGGACGCAGUCGAAACCCUGAUAGAUCGAAGCACCUGUAUUCACGGUCGAUUCGUGAUCGGCCCACUGGGCCUUAUUGAUGGGAAGAGAUCACUAGAUUAAACGAGGCAUUUUGAAAAUCGUGUAUUCAUUCCAAGGAGCUUCCUAUG